AUGACAGAGAGUACGAACCGGGAUCCAGACGUCCCUCUUGCGCAGCCACCGAGCUACCAGGCCUCAGCAUCGUCGACCCCGGGAGCCACGGGGACCAACGUGCAAAAUCACUCCCGUGUGGUGGCUGCAACACGCUCAGCAGACACACAGAAACCUCAAUUAGAUACUACCUCGGAUAAAUCCACGGCAGCAUUCAUUCGACGCACUCUCUGCUCCCACAAUGUGCUACUUGGCAAUGGCGAGAAAGGACGCAGUACACCUCGUCCAAUUGAAGACGUAUUGCCACCCUUGACGAGCUCAAACGAGGUCGAUCUUCAACUAUACGGCAUCAUCUCUGUUAUCAUCAAGGAGUUUGUACAGACGUGGUACUCGAAGAUAACUCCCGAUCAAGUAUUUGUCAACGAAGUGAUCCAGAUUAUCGCUCAUUGUACGCGAGGUCUGGAGCAGCGCCUCAGGAAAGUCGAUCUCGAAUCACUAUUGCUAGAUGAGAUACCUGAGCUACUCCAAGCCCACCUGACCUCAUUCCGAAUAGCGAAGACUCAAGCCGCCUCGUCAAUUUCACUAGUAUCAGAUCCUCGUCUGAUAUAUCAUACGCUCCACCCGCACCCUGCACUAUCACCUGUGCCUACCGAUGAUGUUCCGGCGACAGUCCUUGAACAGCGGGAAAGCGAGUCGGCGUGGCGCCAACUACUCAUUCAUGGCGUGCUAGCCCUGUUGCUACCGACAGAAGACUUGAAAAAUGGGUGUCUACGCGCCCUGGUAGGCGAAAUAUUCGCAGAGAUGAUCCUUGGAAACGGCAUUAGCGGAAAAGCCUGUGAAGGGUGGGUGCUCUGGGAGGGCAUCACAAGAAUAGCUGAGGUUUUACAGACCGAUGCUGCGAAAGAGAAGGAUCCCCAAUCGGACGAUGCCGAUGCGGAGCAGUCGUUAACCCGUCUUGAGCGUUACGGGCUGCUGUCAACGCAUCAAGGGUCAGAAAUUAGUCCAAAAGGGCCACUGGACGCCGGCCAGCGUCGUCACAAGACAUCGGCCUUAUACAUCUCGGGUGUACUCUGGGCGAUCAUCCAAUACGCUUUUUUGGCGUUUACUGCGGUGCGCGCGGUGGUCUUGAGUCUUGCGACAUUAUCUUCCCUUCCGUUGAGAUCUGCCACAACCGAGCAGUCAUCUGCAGAAGCAGCCAAUCAAUCGCAAGCACUGGAAGCGGAAAAGAUGGCUUCCAGGCGCCCGUUGGAGGCCAAACGGCCUGUAGUAAGCAUGAGCCUGUGGAGCUGUGUAGCGCAACUUGCCGAGUUAGAUGUCCGCAUGCCUUGGCUGUUGGGCUUCAUCUCCAUGCUCCAUCGUGGAGCACUGCUCGGCCCAGGUAGGGUGGGUGAAACCAAUGGUGUAUUGGACAGAUUCCUCGCUCAUACUUUCCACACGCAGAUCUUGAACCCCGCUUUCCUUCCCGUGGCGCUUCGGACUCUUCGUGCAACACUCUUCCCUAACAACGCGCUCGGGCCCCCACGUCAGAUUCCAACGUAUGAGGAAAUCAAGGAGAUCAAGCGCUGCUGUGCCGCCAGACUACUUGACUUAGUACCACCGAAAGUAGCAGCCGCUUUCUUUGCGAGCUACGAGCGCGAUGAGCAGGUUCGACAGAUCGCAAACACACUAGACUGUCUCGAUGACGCUUAUCUCAACAAGCACCUCGUCUUUCAGAUCGUUGAGCUGAUUGUUCUGCGCCUGUUUCCGGAGUUGGGAGAACAAGGCGUAAAGGAUCUGUUGGAGGAGCGCAUUAGCUGA